GAGGAGGGACCGCCUCUCUCCCGGCUGACGGCUGGUUAGCCAGGAGGCGGGGCUUCGCGACUCGGCGGGGCGUGGCCAGGCGAUGGCGACGGCGGAACCCAGCGGGCUUGCGGCGAGGUUGUCUCUCCCGGCACCCCGGCCCAGCGGGACCGGAGCUGCGGGGCCGCCAACCGAGCGAAGCUGCAUUGGAGUCCCCUGGCUGGGGGAGCGGACCCCGGCGGCUGUGGAGAAGCGGGGGCCGUACAUGGUGGCGCGCGCGCCUUCUAGUCAGGCCAGGCUGCAGAAGCACCGGGACCUGGCUAAGGCAGUUCUGCGGAGAAAAGGCAUGCUGGGGGCCGCGCCGAACCGCCCCGACUCUUCAGGGAAAAGGUCAGUGAAGUUUAACAAGGGCUAUACUGCUCUUAGUCAGAGUCCAGAUGAAAACCUGGUGUCCCUCGACUCUGACAGUGAUGGGGAGCUGGAAUCCAGAUACUCCUCCGGGUAUUCCUCUGCAGAGCAGGUGAACCAGGAUGUGAGCCGGCAGCUGCUCCAGGAUGGGUACCACCUGGAUGAGAUUCCAGAUGAUGAGGACUUGGACCUCAUUCCCCCCAAGCCUAUGACCUCCUCACCAUGCUCCUGCUGCUGGUGCUGUCUUAGGGAUGCUUCCUCCUGUACCCUCCAGUAGACAUAACCCCCUAAGAUGGGCCCUGCUCACCAUGCCUGCAGAGUCCUGUUGGCCCUUCAUCGGUCACAGAGUGCAGUGGGAACUGCUGUCAACCCCAGAAUCACUGGAGACACUGACCCUCUGGGAAAGUCAGUGACUGCAGUUACCCCAUACCUGGUGCUUCUCAGGCCGGAGGCCCCCAUCUGGGCCACAGGGGAUAGGUGGAAUUCUGCAGUUUUCCUCUGCUGUUGGAGUAGAGUUUGGAGAAACCACUUUAAUAAGGGAAGGAACAGAGGAAUUCUGGUUCUUAUGGUGAGUGACAAAGUUGUCUAAGAGAAAAACUUGUAGACAUCUUGAGUGGUAUUUGUCACCAUGCCCUAUGGAGGGGAAAGGAGAGCUUCUGCACCCAGGCUGUGCUGGAUGGUGUUGUGUGGAGGCAGAGAACAGCACUUUAUGGCUUGCAGCUGGGAGUCUCUGAAAAAGAAUUUUAACUAUUUUGGGACCAAUCCAGUUCAAGAAAUUCCAUAUGCUCUCCUCCUCUUCCUAGCUCCAAGAUGGGUUACCUGUUUGACCUUCAAGAGAACAUAAAGCAGGGCCCUUUGGCCCUCUUCCAGUUGUUCCUGUUUGACUGUACAGCAGGUUGCUUAAUGGCACAACAUGAUCAAGGCUUCCAGAAUCCCUGGAAGCAGAGCAUUCCCAUCUGGUCCAACUGGGUGAGCUUAGUAACUUGGUCCGUCCAUCCUUAGAGAAAAACUGCUCUACUGUGUAGACAAAAUUUGUCUUUCCUUGGUUGCCAUUCUUCACCUUGGUCUUAGCUAGUAUCUUCACCCAGUCCUUGAGGCUAAGGUUGGGUGAAGGUUCUGGAGCUCGCCCCGGAAGCCUGCACUUUUUGCUUACCAGCAGGGGGAGCUCCAGGAGUAGUUAGGUGCCUUCCCAUUUAAAUUUAUUUUUUCCUCCACCCUGGCCGCACCUCGGCUUGUGGCAAUGUUGGUUCCCCGACCAGGGAGGGAUGAAACCCAGGCCCGUGCAGUGGAAGCGCGGAGUCCUAACCACCGGACCGCCAGGGAAUUCCCCUAUUUGUUUAACUUUUUACACUUGAGGAGCAGCAAUGGGUGAGAAGUAUACUGGUGCAGAUAUGUGGGCUUUGACAGAGACAGAGGCUCACAGACAGGAUGAGGAGGCGGGACCUGUGAAAGCUCCCACGGCCCCCACCUGAGGAAAUAAUCUUGCCAUUGCAGAGGGCCUCCUUUCACCCUAGGGGAAGCCAUUCUGUUGCAUCCAGAUUCCUCUGACCACAGCGUGGGCCUCACAGUGGAUACUCAGGAUUGGGCUUUACAGUAAACCUCUGGGUUCAAUACAGCCUCUCAGUCCCCAGUAUGAACACACCAAAAGGCCGGCAUAAUCUCCCCUGUGACCCCCAGUAGAUAGCAUCUCUUGCUAUACCAGACCUCUCUGGAAUUUAAUUUUUUAGUGGCUCUCUUUUUUUUUGACCUUACCUAAAACCAAAUGGGACUGAAUGGGAGUGGACAGUGUUCCCAGCCUAAGGGGUAGGGUAGUCAGGAUUGAGGUGUGGCCCCAACUUGGGAACUUGCCCAGUCUAUUGCUUCAUUUGGUUAGGACAGAGUAGCCUGAGUGUUUUGACAGCUGCUGGGGGUGAGGAUGGCAGCAGGACCCCAAGAACAAGGCCCUCCGGUGGUUGCUGUUAUAAAGCCACACUGGUGUAUUUGGCUGCACCUCUCCCUGGAAUGUUUCAGAGCUGGUUGACCCUGUGUGGAAGGCAUUACCUUCGUAGAAAAAGUUGCAGGAACGUUGUACAGCAAGGAAGGGUAGAAAUGGUCGAUUGCUUGGGGCUAGAAGCCACGAAUGUCACGAAUAAAGCCUAAUGUCACGAAUAAAGGCACCAAGGUGUCUAGAACCAGACUGCCUUAAUUAAAAGUGCUGGGUGUUUUGCAGGUUACAGCACUCUGAGGAGACAGGGAGGUAUUCAGGCUUACCUCACAGAUGGGAGUGGUACUGUAUGGUGUUUACUCUACAGAACUCUUGGCUUAGGCUUCUAUAGCUCUGUAAGUUUGUAAGAAUAAAUACAAUCAUGCUAGUUGAACCUGAGUCUCUGUGUUGCAAUAGGAUUUUUAACAAAGGCCUAGACCAUGGUCAUUGCCUCUUCUGAAUUAGGAAAUGAAGAAAUAGCUUAAUAGCCCCAACCAUUCUGAGGACUGCCUCUCCUUUCUCCUGUUCCCAAUAGGCGUCGUUUUCAGGCCUGCUCAUUGGAGACCAUGGAUGGAAUAGACCUUUGCAUAUAACUUCUCUUUAGAGUGAAUUCCCUUUGGCAGACCCUUUCUUCCCAGGUUUUGUUUUGUUUUGUUUUUCAGGGGGUUUUUUUUCAGCUGAAGAAAAUUUACUGGAAGCCAAAAAAAGCCGAACAGAUUGGCUAGAACUUUUUUGAAGGUAGUUUCCUGGAAUUCCAUUGUACAGGUCUAGAGUUGGCAGCAGCCCAGAAAGAUACUUUUGUGUGAGAUUAAUCCCUUACCUACAGGAAGGAGCCACUAGCCUGGGUCUCUGCUUAGUCUGGGGUGAUAGCAUCUAAGACUGCUAGUCAGAAACUUCAGUGGCAAAACACAGCUGUGCAACCUCCUGGGUGUGUCCCACCUCUAGAGGGUAGGCACAGGGAGAGUAGAUGCCCUAAUAGGUACUUCCUGCCAAUGUAGAAAAAAAGUAGCUUGAUUUCUUUUCAGAACACUAAUUAGAUUGUCCUGUCCUUUAGUCCCUGUAUCUACAGUGACUCAAUGUGCUCUAGAGAAGUGGUUGGCAACCUUUGUGAAGGGCCAGUCAGUACAUUUGGCUUUGCAGGCCAUACAGUUCAGUGCACUUACUCAACUUUGCCAUUGUAGCCUGAAUGGAGCUGGACAGUAUGUAAAUGAAAGGGCGUGGCCAGAUCCAGCCUGCUGGCCUUAGCCUGAUGAUCCCUGCCCUAAAGCCAACGAGAGAAGAACCUCUGCACUGACAAUGCCUUUCUUUAGACCCAUCUUCCACUAUCUGCAGGGCUGGAGGGCCCAAGGUUUGCCUGCAAGCUCUGCAGCUGAGGCUACAGCAGGCUAUCUCUCCCACACCUUCCUUUAAAAGGCCUCUGGAGUCUAGCCUGCCUACCUCAGGA